CAAAGACUUGUCUGAUUUCUCAUACAUACGGAUCAUACCGGAUUUUCCCCGUUCUUAAUCUUAUAGCAUAGCCGUGCCCUGCCAAUCCUAAAACAGACCGUACUUUGCAGUGACGCGUUCUUUCGGACACCCGCAUCAGGCCAUGGAUAUAAUCGCAUAAUCCUAACCAAUCAAAUACGCGUAUGCGUAUAACUGUAACAAUACUGUGCUUGGAAACAAGCACUGGACUUGUAGAAUAAAUUAACAUAAUACAAAUGUAUAUAUGAGGAGGUUGAUUGCACUAGUAUCUGUCAAUCUCUUGGUGGACGUUAAGUUCUUUCUCUUGCGGUUGAAUGUGGGCAAGUAAAACUGAUAAAUUCUCAUUUGUUAUCUGCAUGUGUUAAAUAUUUUAUCAUAUUGCCUUUUAUUUAUAUACUGGACAGUUGUAUUUCCAAGCAUAUCGAACAAUAUGUGUCUGCAAUCUUACUCCUAGCAAGAGCAUCGCGCACACUUGAAGAAAAAAGGUCCAGGUGCAUUUUCGAUAUCGAAUGUUAUUGACAAAGAAAAUUUACUGUUAGGUUUGAUAAUGGGAAUUCAACAGACACGAAAAAGUAAAUUAAACAAGUUGUAUACGGUGGCUUGUAUCUUCACAUUUGUUGCGAGUCUGAUGCUACUACCUGUUCUGUUACCGGUUAUUUUGCUUUUGCUUGCUUACAAUUGCUGUAUUUGUUUACUAAUCCGUGUGAAAGGCGCUACUUCUCUUCCUGCUGAUGAUGUUGUGUGGCAACAAGAUCGAGCAACAAACCUCCAUAUUGUCAGUGCUGUUGUCUUCCUGGAAGGACAGUCGACAGUCGAGAAACUCAGAGAGAUUGUUGCGAAACGGUUAGUGAACUUCAAGCGGGAAAAUGGUGAGAAGUUAUGUCCGCGUUUGACGUGUCGGAUUGAUACAAUGUACGGACAAUACGUGUGGAUAGAGGAUGCGCAAUUUAAUAUCGAAAAACAUGUGAAAUUAUGGCAAGAACGGAAACCGACAACCACAUCAGAGCUUCAAGAGGUAGUAUCGAAGAUAUGCUCACUGCCAUUAACCUACGAAAUGCCGCUUUGGGAGUUUAUCUUAGUCCCGACACCAGACCUCGAUAACUCACAUUGUUUUGUGUUUCGAAUCCAUCAUAGCUACGCAGAUGGGAUUGCAUUAACAAGGUUAUUUGUGAACAAUCUUUUCGAUGUUCCGGUAAGAGACUAUGAGCCAAUCAGAUUUUCAACGAAACAACGGUUAUUAAUGUGGUGUAAGGCAGCACUGGUUGGACCAAUGACAGUGCUAACAAAAUGUUUCUCACCAGCAGAUAACUCAGAAAUCCAUGGAGGAGCAUUAAAUGGUAAGAGGAUUGUCGCAUGGUCGAAGAAAUUUUCCCUUGCAACUGUCAAAGAAAUGAAAAACCAAACCAAAACCACAGUGAAUGAUGUGAUGACUUCAUGUCUGUCUGGAGCAUUAAGGCGCUAUCUACAAGAUCAUACCGAUAAAAAACCACAAGACAUCUGGGCUGCGGUCCCUGUUGAUGUCAGAGCGGAUAAGAAAUCAAUGAAGUUUGUAAACAAGUUUGCUUUAGUUUUUCUCCGAGCUCCAGUUGGCGUUGAAGGCAAUAUGGAACAGUUGAUCGAGACCAAGACACGUAUGGAUGAGAUAAAGAAAUCUGCAGAACCGUUCGUUGCUGCAAGCACAGUCCGUCUGCUGAUGCUGCUUCCGCACUUCAUUUCAAAACCAAUUCUCGAUAUCUUCUCGUAUAAAAUGUCAUGUGUUCUCUCGAACGUUCCUGGCCCACAACUAACCCUAACCAUCGGUGGUAACAAAGCAAUAGGUGGGGUAUUCUGGCCGCCUGCGCGGGCAAAUAUCGCAAUCAUGAUGUCAAUAUUUAGUUAUAACGGUCAUAUUAAUAUAGGAGUAAUGUCUGAUGAGGCGGUUAUAUCUCAGCCUAAGGAGAUUGUGGCGAAUUUUGAAAAACAUUUUGAUGAACUUUGUGAAACGAUGAAUAUUAAGCAAAACAAGAUAGAGUGAACUGAAUAUAGAUUACAUUAA